UGCUUUGAGCCUUUGAAAGCGCGGUAAUGAACAAGCUGUUCCGCACGAUUUGGAAAUAAUCUGCGUGUCAGUGUCAUCUUUCUUAUGCAAAGCAGGAGGCUUUGAAGGCGGAUCUGUUGGCAGGUUAGACCCGGGCUGAAGCUGCGACCUGCUCACUCUGCUGCUGCCUCUGCUGCUGCGCGCUCACAGCCGCGAUCCACAUGGGCGAUCCUCGGCACGUUUUCUAUCACGAUAAACACGGUCGCAGUGCGCGCUGCUGACGGAUUAUCGUCCCCGCCGCCUUUGGGGAGCAAUCGAGCGCUCGAGUCGGAUCGGGAAGCCGUUCUUUUUCUACUUUUGCUCAAGUUAUCCGAGCGAGCUGCAGCGCUCUGACGCCGGCGAGAAACACGAGGACGGAUAGAAGAGGCGCUUGCUACAAGAAGUUUGGAACUUAUUUGGUCUGUCGCGUUUGCUGUAGAGGCAGCUGAAACUCAUGAAAACAUGGACUGGGACUUCCUCCUUCUCCAAGGACCGACACCGGAUUUAUGGUUCUGCACGAUGAGGAGAGGGCUGCUGCAGCUGUGAGUUUCUUUCAUGAUAUAAAGCAUUUCUGAUAAGGACUUUUGAAUCGAGCCGAGAGGAUGUGUCCACGCGCUCCGCCGGGACUCCUCUGUGUGUUUUUGUGGACUUCUCUGGCUUCGGCCAUCAGCUCCAUAGACCCGGACUGGUCCGGAGAGGGACGGUGUCAACAGAUCACCAUCCCCUUGUGCAAAGACAUCGGCUACAACAUGACCCGCAUGCCCAAUCUUAUGGGGCACUACAAUCAGAAGGAAGCCGCCAUCAAGCUGCAGGAGUUUGCCACUCUGAUCCAGUUCGGUUGUCACACUCACCUCAAGUUCUUCUUGUGUUCCCUCUACGCCCCGAUGUGCACAGAGCAUGUGUCCAACCCCAUCCCAGCCUGCCGGGUCAUGUGCGAGCAGGUCAAAGUGAAGUGCUCGCCCAUCCUGCAGCAGUUUAAAUUCCCCUGGCCGGACUCUUUGGACUGCUCGCGCCUGCCUAUAAAAAACGACCCCAACAACCUCUGCAUGGUGGCCCCCAACAACGGCUCCGAUGAGCCGCCUAAAGUCUCGCCCACCCAGCCUCCAGACUUUCGUCCGCAGCGGCCCCUGGGUGGUCAGGCUCUGCCCAAGAGGGAGAGCGGAAGCGGCAGGCAGGCCUGCCCGAACCCCGGCAAAUUCCACUUUGUGGAGAAAAGCGAGUCAUGUGCGCCGAAGUGUUACCCUAAAGUGGACGUGUACUGGAGCCAGGGGGACAAGCAGUUCUCACUGGUGUGGAUGGCCGUCUGGUCCAUCCUCUGCUUCAUCUCUAGUGCCUUCACUGUGCUCACCUUCCUCAUUGAUCCGCAGCGCUUCAAAUACCCAGAGAGGCCCAUCAUCUUCCUGUCCAUGUCCUACUGUGUUUACUCAGUGGGCUACCUCAUCAGACUUUUUGUGGGUGCAGACAGAAUAGCCUGCGAUAGAGACAAUGGGGUGCAGUACGUCAUCCAGGAGGGCCUGGAGAGCACCGGCUGCACCAUUGUCUUCCUGAUUCUCUACUAUUUCGGGAUGGCGAGUUCCCUCUGGUGGGUCAUCUUGACCCUCACUUGGUUUCUGGCUGCCGGAAAGAAGUGGGGUCACGAAGCCAUAGAAGCUAAUAGCAGCUAUUUCCAUCUGGCGGCGUGGGCCAUCCCGGCCGUGAAGACCAUCAUGAUCCUGGUGAUGAGGAAGGUGGCCGGCGAUGAGCUGACUGGCGUUUGUUAUGUGGGCAGCAUGGAUGUUAAAGCUCUGACUGGAUUUGUCCUCAUCCCUCUCUCCUGCUACCUUAUUAUUGGGACCUCUUUUCUACUCUCCGGCUUUGUGGCCCUUUUCCACAUCAGGAAGAUCAUGAAGACAGAAGGGGAGAACACAGACAAGCUGGAGAAACUGAUGGUUCGCAUUGGGGUCUUCUCCAUGCUCUACACCGUCCCGGCGACCUGCGUCAUCGCCUGCUACUUCUACGAGCGGCUCAACAUGGACUACUGGCGCCUGUUAGCCGGGGAGCUGAAGUGCGUGGAAGGUGGCGGGCCGGAGUCGGACGAGUGCGUGAUGAAGACUUCCAUUCCUGCUGUCGAGAUAUUCAUGGUGAAGAUCUUCAUGCUGUUGGUGGUGGGCAUCACCAGCGGCAUGUGGAUCUGGACUUCCAAGACACUGCAAUCGUGGCAGAACGUGUUCAGCAGGAAACUAAAGAAGAGGACGAGCAGGAAGGCUGCCAGUGUGUUUACCAGCAGUCGGCCUUACAUCAAACCUCACCCCUCCCUCAAAGGACACGGCACCAAGUAUGAGCCGACACGGCCCCCUCCCACAUGCGUAUGACUUCACCGACUCAUAUCUAUAUGAGACAGCGUAAUCACAACAACUAGAUCCGUGUUUUAUUUAUAAGCAUUGAAGUUAAUGCAACAUUUUUAUUUGUGUUUUUCAAGCCUCAUGCAACAAAAGCUGCCUUUGUUUGCUUCUCCUGGAAUCACUUAUCAUAGUGUGGGACUGAGAAACGCAUUGCUCCGAUGACAAACAGAGUGGAAGAAACCAUUUGGAUUUGCCGUGGGGCGACUUGAAUAAUGUGCAAUAGAGGUUUUUCCUCAGUGGCAACAAAAAAAGUAACACACUUGUACAAGCAAACAGGAAGCUUUUUCAUGGAAAUGCAGGCAGUGUCAUGUAUGUUUGAACUGGGGUGAGAGCAGCUGUUGAAGAGACAUUAUGAACUGGCUUUUGUGAGUCAAACCCAUAAAUUAAUCUAGCACUCCUCAGUGAAAAGUGACUUCGAGCCGACACGCCUUUGACGUCUCUUUUUGCUGUUGUUGUUUUUUUUUCUUUGCUGUUUGAAAGCACAAGGGAACGUUUGUAUAUAUUUCUAAAAUGACAGAUUUUAUA